AUAUCUUAUAUCUAUUUUAAAUAACUUAAGGCCGCUAAAAUUUGGGGGGGAACAGCCUUCGCCCUGGAGCGGUGCGCGAUGCUGUCUCACGCCGACCUCCUGGACGCCCGUCUCGGGAUGAAAGACGCGGCCGAGCUGCUGGGACACCGGGAGGCAGUCAAGUGUCGGCUGGGCGUCGGGGGCUCGGAUCCGGGGGGACACCCGGGAGACAUGGCUCCCAACUCGGACACGGUGGAAGGGACCACCCUGCUGCCGGGAGAGGACAUCACCACGGUGGGAUCCAACCCCAGCUCUCUAGCCGUCAGCGCCAAAGACGCUGACAAGCAGCAAGGCCAGCAGGGCGGCCAGAACUCCAGCCAGGCCGGGCAGCAGCAGGGUCAGCAGAAGCAGAAGCGGCACCGCACUCGCUUCACGCCGGCGCAGCUCAACGAGCUGGAGAGGAGCUUCGCCAAGACCCACUACCCGGACAUCUUCAUGCGGGAGGAGCUGGCCCUGCGCAUCGGUCUCACCGAGUCCCGGGUGCAGGUCUGGUUCCAGAACCGCCGCGCCAAGUGGAAGAAGCGCAAGAAGACCACGAACGUGUUCCGCGCCCCGGGCACGCUGCUGCCGACGCCGGGGCUGCCGCAGUUCCCCUCGGCCGCCGCCGCCGCCGCCGCCGCCAUGGGGGACAGCCUGUGCUCCUUCCACGCCAACGACACGCGCUGGGCCGCCGCCGCCAUGCCCGGCGUGUCGCAGCUGCCGCUGCCGCCGGCGCUGGGACGGCAGCAAGCCAUGGCGCAGUCCCUGUCCCAGUGCAGCCUGGCGGCCGGCCCGCCGCCCAACUCCAUGGGCCUCUCCAACAGCCUGGCGGGCUCCAACGGCGCCGGGCUGCAGUCCCACCUCUACCAGCCCGCCUUCCCCGGCAUGGUGCCCGCCUCCCUGCCCGGCCCCAGCAACGUGACGGGCUCUCCCCAGCUCUGCAGCUCCCCGGACAGCAGCGACGUGUGGCGGGGAACCAGCAUCGCCUCCCUCCGCCGCAAAGCACUAGAGCACACAGUCUCCAUGAGUUUCACCUAAUGGCCGGCGCCUCGCCCCGCGCCACCCCCGUCCCCGCCGCCGCCGCCUC